UAUCAGGAGUAAAAUUGAUUGAUGAACAUCUAGAUUAUAUAGUGAAAAGAUCAAUUAGAAAAAAUAGUCUGGAUAAACACGUCUCUAAUUGGUUACAUCGUAGAAAAAUUAAGUAAACUCUUCAAAGUUUCAAAUGUAAAACAAAUAUAUGAUUCAAAUCAAAACUCUUAUAUAUCCAAGAGUGAUGAAUUGAACGUGAAUAUAAGUAAUUAUAACAACUAAUACAUCGCUCUAGACUCUUUAUUGCUUAAAAAAUAAGUGUUACAAAAAUGAAGCCCAAAAUGAGAAAAAUUUCGACAUUCGCAAUGCUGCAGAUGCUUCAACUGUGCUGCUUGGUAGGCAUAGCCAGGCCUACUUUGGCCAUCACAGCAUUUGGCAUUGAAGGGGGGUUAUCAAGGGAGCAGCCACCCCCCCGCCCCGACCAGAUCUGGGACAACCCAUUGAUGCGACCAGCGUUUGGGGACACACCUAAUGUGUCAUCUACACCUGUGGGACGUGUGGCCCAUAUGCACUGUAAAGUGUACCACCUCGGCAGUAGAGUGGUGACAUGGAUCAGAAAAAGGGACUCUCACGUACUGACGGCAGGAUUGUUUUCGUACACGAGCGACCAACGCUUCACGGCGCUGCACGCCGAGGGCUCGUCGGACUGGCUCCUGAAGAUCACUUCGCCCCAGACGCGCGAUUCCGGCAUCUACGAAUGCCAAGUGUCAACCGAACCGAAAAUAUCUAGAGCCUUUACUUUGAGGGUCAUUGAAUCGAAAGCAGUGAUAGACGGGCCUGUGAGCCGCCACAUGAGCGCAGGCACCACGCUCAGCCUGCAGUGCUGGGCCAGCGGUGCGGGGCAACAACCAACAUACUUCUACUGGUACCACAACGAUGAGGUGAUCAGGUACUCAAGUGGAACAGAUCUUCGAUACCGACGACCAGGCAAUGGCAACGCAGUCAGUGAUGCAACUCGUGAUGUCGCAACGCGCUGGAACAACAACUAUGACGAUGGCAGCGUAGAUGAGCCUCACGACGAGGUGUAUCAUCUGGAUGAACCCCGAGACGAAUCGUACCGCGAGAUCAGAGAUGAAUCAUACGUUCUGAACGAGUCCCAGGAUGAAUCAUACCGCCUGGAAGAGUCCCGGGACGAAUCGUACCGUCUGGACGAGUCCCAGGUCGAAUCGUACCGGGAACCUGGGGACGAAUCGCACCGUCUGGACGAGAGUGGCGUGCUAAGUGUUGCAAUUUUGGAGGUGAAGCAUCUGGGCAGCGGACAUUCCGGCAACUACACCUGCGCUCCGGAGAACUCAGUGCCAUCUACUGUCACUGUCUACGUACUCAGAGCCGGGGAGCAGCCGGCAGCAAUGCAGCACGGCGGCGCUAGGAAAGCUGCUUCGCACGCUGGCCUGGUGCUGCUGGUGCUGCAGACUGGUGCUGUGCAGCUGCUGCUGCUGCUGCUGCUGUGCAGAUGA